CUCAGCGUAUCUGCCGUGGCCAGUGCAGCUCAGUCCCUGUCAUGCUCGUCAGGACGGUUCGGAGCUACACACUCUAGCUGGACGCAGGACUAGCCGCCGCUGCAGGAGCUCACACACACACACACACACACACACACACACACAGAGGACCCUGGCCCGAGGUCUCCGCAGACACACCGUUUGGUCACCAUGGGGAACCAGCACGCGACGCUGGACGACAUCCUGGCCGAGGACAUGCACCACUGGUACAACAAAUUCAUGAAGGAGUCUCCGUCUGGCCUGAUCACGCUGUUUGAGCUCAAGGCCAUCCUGGACCUGCAGGGCAUGAACGAGGACGCCAACGCCUACGUUGACCAGGUCUUCUUCACCUUCGACAUGGACGGGGAUGGCUACAUAGACUUUGUGGAGUACAUCGCUGCCGUCAGCUUGAUGCUGAAGGGGGAGAUCAACCAGAAGCUCAAGUGGUACUUUAAGCUCUUCGACCAGGACGGGAACGGCAAGAUCGACAAAGACGAAUUGGAGACAAUAUUUACUGCCAUUCAAGACAUCACCCGAAACCGUGAUGUCAUUCCUGAGGAAAUAGUGACCCUUAUAUUUGAAAAGAUUGAUGUCAACGGAGAAGGUGAGUUGACGUUGGAGGAGUUUAUUCAAGGGGCAAAGGAGCACCCGGACAUCAUGGAGAUGAUGAAGAACCUCAUGGACCUGACCCCUGUUCUACUCAUCAUCGUCGAAGCCCGGCAGUUGAAAAAUAAAUAAGUGACCAGCAGGCGCGGGUGUGCUGGGCAGAACCGUGAACUAACCCAGAACUCUCUCAACUAGAAGAAUCUUCCCUUUAUUGAACGCACCCAACAACUACAUGAAAAACAUAAACAUACUUACUGACCAGCUAUGAAUCUGUGGACAUGGACUGUGGACAUGGACUGUGGACUGAGUCUCUUCGCACCCAGAGAAUGACACAGAACUCCAUCCCAUCACUCAUCUGUAGAAACACCCAUUAUACGUGCAGGGCUGUAGGGACUUGUACACCUCAUACCCUGAGAGUGUGUGUGUGGUUGAACCCAGCGGGACCCUGAGUGUGUGUGUGUGUGUAGUUGAACCCCACGAGACCCUGAGUGUGUGUGUGUGUGUGGUUGAACCCCGCAGGAUUCUUGAGCUCUGCCUCUUGGCUGGACACUCCUGGACGUUCCUGUGGUUCGCCGCUGAUCCCUUAAUGCUUUUAAGGGCCUGAGAGGACUGUACCUGCGGGAGGAGACUGAGGGCUGCAUGGAGUCUUUUUAAAGAAGGGCUCAUCUCCCAUGGCAACACAGACAUGGCGACGGCCCUGAGGAGAGCUGGCAGCCUGGAUGGUUAUAUAACCUGGACUGGCGUGAAUCUACUUGAAGAAAGCAUUUUGUAUUCACCAGACAACUUGACGUCUGCAGAAUGUUAGAUUGGAAAUUGUAUCCUCUCUCUCUCUAUAUAUAGAGGCUGCAAUUUUGAUACACAGAGUCCUGAGCCACCUGUGCACCUUGGAAGCAUGGGAAUUUCUGACUAUUGCCUUGAAAGUCAUAUUUCCCAAGCCAAUGGUGCUCUGUACCCAAUAAUUUACACUUAAAAUGACUGUUACACUUGGGACUAGUUCUGAAGGUCUAGAAGCUUCCUCCUGCCACUCUAAACUAUGAUUGCAAUGUACCUGAGACACAUAAAUAAUAAUCAAAGUCCAAUCAACUGAACAAUUAUAACAAAUGAGGUCAUUGACAUCAAGUCAUUACAACCCAGCCUUGUGACCCCAGACCCUGAUACGGCCCAGACCCUGAUGACUGAGUCUGACCUGAUCUGAUCUGACCUGUGGCCAGUGCAGCUUGACCACACCUCCUCAAGCUCACGCUUGAUCUCUUAAUGCUGUUAAGGAUCCCAGAUGAUUCAAGGGCUUGACCCGCUGCAGAGGGGGGGAACUGAGUACAACACCAGAGGCUUUUAUGGAGACAGUGAGGCUGAGCUGGGGACAUAUGCAGGACAGGACAGGACAUGCGCAGAAGAGGAGAGAGAGGGAGGAGAGGAGAGGAGGAGAGAGGAGGGGAGAGGAGGGGCUUGACAUACUGCGCUCAUCUAGAGUGUGUGAAUGGAUAUAAAUUAACUACGACGUUAUAUAGAGUGUGUGAAUGGAUGUAAAUGAACUAUGACGUUACUGUAAAUUGAAAAUGCUAUCUCAACCUAGCGUGACUAUGCUAUCUCCACCUGGCGUAAGGGAUCAGUUGAAGUAAUGCAGAUGCACAAGAACAGUCAGGGGAUAUUAAUGUGACACGUUAUCAAUGUGACACAAUUGUCAAGUGUUAUCAAUGUGGCAUGAAAAAGACAUUGGCAAGUUAUUGUCCAUUCACAUUGAUCUUAUGUUGGUCUUUGACUACUAGGCUUCAAUCUACCAUGGGCAGACAGACAGCACUGCAACAUGUUCUGCCCUAACGGUAACCUCCGAUUGUGGCCUUGAGAAACCACAUCUCUCCAGCCCCUGGAGGUGUUCACAACCCUCCUCAAGCUCACAUAUCACCAACCGACAAUCACUGAAGGACUCAGUUAAGAAAUCAACUAAAUCUGCAGUUUUCCCUGAACUCAUAGGCCUACUUCAGUGUUUCCCAUACAUUGAUUUAUUUGUGGCGGCCCACCACAAUAGUCAUUGACCACCACACAAUGAUUUUCCAGGUUGUACUAAAUUGAGCUUAAAUCUGGUUAGCAUCAUAACCACUAAUUUGCUCAAAACUGUUGCAUUCAAGUUAAUUCUGCAAACCUACCACCACAAAUAGAAUUUAAUUCUGUGGGAAACACUGUACUUGUAAUCACUAAUAAUCGUCAAACGAUAAUUAAUAAAGGAUACGAAAUCAGCACUUUAAACCUCUUUAUGUUAGUUACUAUGCAACAGAAAACCCUUCCUGCAACACUUCUGGUUUGAUGGGCUCAUGCUCUGCGCAUAACCUACUUUGUUGGAUGGGUGAUGGAUGUGGAGCAUUCACAUGUUCAUAGCAUAGCUUAGCCUGCAGUCUAGGCAGCCAUCCCUCAUACACAUUCACAUGUUCAUAGCGUAGCUUAGCCUGCAGUCUAGGCAGCCAUCCCUCAUACACUCCUCACAUAUCCUUUAGUUUCAGUAAUGCUCAAACAGGUUAUGCUGAAGCAUAGAGUUGCAAUCCGCAGACAGUAAUGUAAUACAAGUGUGUAGGCCUAUGCAUCUUUCAGUGAACACCAACACCACCAACAUCAUGACCUGCUGAGUCUUCACUAGUAGCUGCAUCAUGUCUAGUCACGUGUUCAUGUUUAUAUACAGUUAUUCUCACCACUGACCAAUGAGAAGCAAUGGAAAGGGUUUUAUAGGCACGUGUCAUUUUUUGAGAAAUGUUUUUUAUAUCAUGAAAAUUGCUGAAUGUAUUUGUAUGAGGCUGAGAAUGGGGCAAUUUAAAGUACAGUGUAUUUUUCUUUAUUGUAAAUAGUCUGUUUUUUAAAUAAAUAAAAAACUUACAGUACAAAAA